CUGUACAAACGGAUUCGAUUUGGCUGCAUAGAAGUUUACACCACAAAGGUCAUAAAGCAACCCCGUCUCCCUCGUAAUCUCCUUGAUCCGACAUUCUAGAGGUUUGCAGUUUUCAAUCUCAUCCCAAACUCCUUGACAAAAAUCGACUCUUCCUACAACUGUAACGUGCUGACCCUAUACCCUUUCACAUUUUAUUCAUGUAGCAAAAGGUCUCGCUGUUCUUGUAUAUAAAUCCAUAAACCAUUUCAGUGAAUCUCACAACUUACACAGUUUUGCUCAGUGUUAUACUAAACCAUCUACAGGGUGUUGUACUUAUCCAUUCCGAUUUGGGUCCUCUGUAUUUUCUUGUAAUCCCAACUUUUCUACCAUGGGUGGCAGUUCAUCAGAAGGGCAUGCUAAUGUCUAUGAUUUUACAGUCAAGGAUAUCAGGGGAAAUGAUGUGGAUCUCAGUAUUUACAAGGGCAAAGCUCUACUUAUCGUCAAUGUUGCUUCUGAAUGUGGAUUAACUACCUCUAACUACAAGGAGAUGAAUGAAUUGUAUGCAAAGUACAAGGAGCAAGGACUAGAAAUAUUGGCCUUCCCAUGCAAUCAAUUCGCUGGGCAGGAACCAGGUGACAAUGAACAGAUUGCAGAAGUGGCAUGCACUCGUUUUAAAGCAGAAUUUCCAAUAUUUGACAAGGUUGACGUCAAUGGUGAUAAUGCAGCUCCUAUCUAUAAGUUCUUGAAAUCAAGCAAAGGUGGCUUUUUGGGUGACAGUAUCAAGUGGAACUUCACCAAGUUUCUGGUGGACAAAGAUGGAAAUGUGGUGGAUCGUUAUGCUCCAACAACUUCUCCACUGAGUAUUGAAAAAGAUAUCAAGAAGAUCCUAGGAACUGCCUGAUUCUUCAGAAGCAAAAACAUUACAGCAUUUCUACAGUGCCCACAUAGUCCUAAGGAAUAAGAUGCAGAAAUCCAUUCAGAUAUGAUUGUGAUUUCCAAUUUGUAACUGCUUAAAUUCACUUUUGUAGUGUUAUGGGUCUCAUUUCUUUCACAUGGUCUGAACUAUAUCAUAAAUAAGGGUUGUAUUUCCAAUCCCAUCAUAUACUUUCUCAGGAGAAGAGAAAUUUAAUUUCUCAAGGAUCACAUGCAAUUUGUUUUGCAAGUUUUCUUAACUGGAAAAAGAUGUUUAUCAUGCUUUUAAGUUUAAUAAAUUGCAAGCUGUCCAUGGAUGGUUCUCAGCA